UCCCUUGUUUCUGGAGCAAGAGGCGGGCCUUUGGAAAGCUGGAAUGCGCUGGAAGUUUUCCUGCAAGCUCCCCUUCACAUGUGGAAGAGCGUCCGUCCCGCGCCUCAAUAUGGACAUGUGGCCGCUGGUGCUCCUGUUCGUCCAGCUCUUCUUCUGCUCCGGAUAUGAAGGGUCAGGACAGUAUGCCUACGGAGACGACGAGGACUGGCAUUCUCGUAGAUAUAAAGGGACACCGUGGUGUGCGCCCAUUAAGGUGAAACAUGGUGACGUAAGCUGUCGCACACCCAGAGGAGAGCACUACAGGAACGUGAUGGGGACACGCUGCAAAAUCCGCUGCAAGCAGGGAUACGAGGCCCAGAGCUCGGAGGUGGUGUGUAUGGCCAGCAAACACUGGUCCUCUAACUACGCCUGCAGAGAGAUUCGCUGUCCCAAGCUGAACAUGCCGGCUAACGGUGGCUACAAGUGUUCGGACGGCUCCUACUUCAACUCUCGCUGUGAGUUUUUCUGCUCCCCUGGAUUCAGUCUUAAGGGCCAAAAGACGGCAACCUGCCAGUACAGCAAGGUGUGGAGCGCCGGGGUCCCCACCUGUGUCGAUAUGGAUUCUCCAAAAAUCAAGUGUCCUAAUGUGAAGGAUAAAUGGGCAGAACCAGGAAAACUGACAGCGCGGGUGACCUGGGACACUCCAGAGGGUGUAGACACUGCAGAUGGCAUCCUCACAGACGUUAUCCUGAAAGGAAAACCUUCAAAAUCAGACUUCCCAGAGGGGCUCCAUAAGAUGUCCUACACUGUGUUUGACCGCGCAGGGAACAAAGGAUCCUGCCGCUUUACUGUCAGAGUGCGAGUGCGUCGCUGCAGCCCACUAUUUCCCCCAGACAACGGUUAUAUGAAGUGUGACAGUGACGGAGACAACUAUGGGGCCACUUGUGAAUUCACUUGCACCGGCGGCUACGAGCUGCAGGGCAGCGCUGCCAGAGUGUGUCAGUAUGGACUCACCUGGUCUGGCACAGACACAAACUGUGCACCCAUGAACAUUAACGUGGGAGUGCGUACGGCUGCUGCACUGCUGGACCAGUUCUAUGAGAAACGACGGCUCCUCAUUAUCUCGGCCCCGACGGCUGCCAAUCAUAAUUACCGAUUCCAGAUGACUAACUUACAGGUGAGGCAUGACUCACAGGGAGAACAUGAGUUGUUAAUUGACAAUAAAGCUGACUUCGACUUGGACUUUGACAGCAGCUCACAGUUCAAAGACAAGUUUGAGGCUGCAUUUGACUCUACUAAGACUAUUCCAACUGCAAACAACACUCGCUGGAAUAGCACUUUCAAACAAGUGAAGGCCCUCACAGCUCUGGACCAUAAAGCUCUGACUGAAAUGUGUAGCAAGGAUUAUGAAGAAGUGGUAUUCAGCACUCACACUUUGAUCUCUGAGGUUGAGAACUUGAUGGACAGCGAAGGUGAAGAGCGUGGAGCCACAGAUGGAGAUCCAUCCAGUGAUUUACCUCCAGUCAAAUGCCCACGCCUUCUUACUCGCUACAAAGCUCACAAAAAGCGCAGCUCAGGCCAGGGUUUAAGCGUCAGAACACAGAUAAGCAAAUACUUUGAUGCCAUACAGGACACUGACAGUGAUAAUGCACUUGUCUUCUGGAUGGUGGAUCGCAGAGCCCUGGGCGACAGGGACAAGGUGACUGUCACUGACUCAUUAUUAGGCUCCCCCUGA